ACCUGGCUAGAAUGGCAAAGUAGCCAUGGGAGACUGGAGUUUUCUGGGAGGAAUUUUAGAAGAAGUCCACAUGCACUCCACUACCAUUGGCAAGGUCUGGCUAACCAUCCUCUUCAUAUUCCGGAUGCUCGUUCUUGGCGUGGCAGCUGAAGAUGUCUGGAAUGACGAGCAGACCGAAUUCAUCUGCAACACGCAGCAACCCGGAUGCAGAAAUGUGUGUUAUGACCAUGCCUUCCCCAUCUCUCUGAUAAGAUACUGGGUUUUGCAAAUCAUCUUUGUGUCCUCGCCUUCCUUGGCCUACAUGGGCCACGCCUUAUACAGUCUAAGAAUGUUAGAGAAAGAACGGCAAAAGAAAAAAGCACAGAUGAGGGCUGAACUUGAGGCAGCCGAAUUUGAAAUGACCGAAGACCGUAAAAAACUUGAGAGGGAAAUUCGGCAACUGGAGCAACGAAAGCUCAACAGGGCACCCCUCCGGGGCUCACUGCUCUACACUUAUGUGAUCCACAUUUUUAUUCGAUCUGUCCUUGAAACUGGAUUUAUGAUUGGCCAGUAUCUUUUGUACGGAUUUCAACUCGAUCCUCUCUACAAGUGUCACAGAGCCCCUUGCCCAAACGCCGUCGACUGCUUCGUCUCCAGGCCGACGGAAAAGACCGUCUUCCUUGUUUUUAUGCAAUCCAUAGCCACCGUUUCCUUGUGUCUGAACCUCCUGGAGCUCGUCCACCUGGUUCUCAAGAGAGCUCGCAAGGGCAGCUGCGGGCAGCACCGAAGGAGAGACGGCCUCGAGAUGCAGCCAUGUGCCGCGGCGCCACCCCUGCCUUCCGCCCCCAGCGGGUUCAGCUGGCUCCUGGACAACCAAACCGGGCCGGCGGCGCUUUGCCAUGCAGAGGCCCGCCAAGGGCCUGGAUCGCCCCAAGGGGGGCUGCCGCCCCACAACAGCAGCAGCUCCAACAACAACGAGGCGGCCCUGCAGGGCGCCAAGGCCUCCGUCCCUGACACGCCCCUUCUCGUGCCGAAGGGCGGCGGCCUGCCGAGCCCGGCCGCCCUCCCUGCAGUGCAGGGCAAGGCGAGCCACGCCGCAACGGCGGCCAGCGGCAGGCGCGCCGCCCCGGACCUCUGCGUCUGA